AUGGUGGCGACGCCCAGGUUUCAUGUGACGCAGGACGCCGCGUGGGUGUUUGUGCAUGUGCAUGUGCCGUUUGUGCGCGUAUCGGAUAUGGAGUUCUAUGUGGACAACGUAGACUUCACUUUCUUCUGUAAGCCGUACCUGCUCAAGUUGCACUUCCCACACGAGGUGGUGGACGACGAGCUGGCAAAGGCAGUGUACGACCCCAAUAAGGAGAAUGGAACGAUUGUGGUGCAUCUACCCAAGAAGGAGCCCGGCCAGGAAUUCCCAGACCUCGACAUGUUGACCAAGCUGCUGCAACCGCAGCGGCCAUCAAUUGAUGUAAAGUCCGACAAGCAACGCAAAGCGCCGCUUAUCGAAGUUCUGGAUUCAUCGGGUUCAGAGCCAAUUGGGACUUUUCAGGAGGAAAACGAUAGGCUCAAUGCGUUGAUCGAUGGCAUCUCGAUUUCCAGCAAGAGUGCAGCUGUAGCUCCUUCAACUGAACAGUUCGAUUAA